AUGUGGCGCAUUGCCGAAAUUAUGUUGCUUCCGAGCACAGCGACACUGUUCACGGUGGUAGUAGUCGGCAUACCGCUCAGUCAGCAGUACUUCUACAAUGGCAUCAAGUCCGGACUGGAGCCCGAUCUCAAGCAUUCCCUCUUCCUCGAUCGCAUCGGUCAGUGUCGUUGGCAGCGCGAUCUGGCAAUGUUUCUCACCGAUAUGCGGAUCGUUCAGCGGAACCACACGCACUACGUGAUGAGCGGUGUACUGCGGAUUCGGCGUAACAUCACCGAACCAAUUGGGGCAACCGUAUCGAUCAAAAUUUGUCAGAAUGCAACCCAAUGCAGACCGUUCGUCGAUCCUCCGGUACACGUUGGAGAUGUGUGCAAGUUUCUUCAAGUGCAGCGUAACAGCUCGUUGGGGGUUGUUUUGGGACGGAGUAUACCACCUCUGGAGUGCCCCUUUGCCAAGGGACUCUAUCGAAUCAACGAUGCAUUGGUGGACUACAAACCGUUCCGGUACUUUUCGCCGCAUGUUAGCAAACUUUGGAGAAUCGAUUUCGUGGGCGAGAGCAACCGUACGCGAGUGUUCUGUGUGCGAAUCGAGCUGUAUGUCUACAGCUGGGAAGAUAUGCUACCGAGGUACUAA